AUGUCUUCUACUCCUACCACCACUGGACCGAUCCCGGCUCCCACAAAUACGGUGAAUCCUCUCCCCGCGACACCUGCUGAGGCUGCCGCAGGAGUCGGCCCCGCCGCUUCGGGAACCGCAUUGGAUUUGCACACGCAGACUGAAGAUGCGGCAAAGGAAUACAAGAAUGCGCAGAAGGCUGAGAAGGCUUACGCGCAGAAGAAGAAGUGCAUGACUGCGAGAAAGGAGUGGUAUGAUUGUAAAGUACACUUUGCAGCUGGAGUGCAGGGCUUCAGAGAGGGAGGCAAAUGUGUUGGACGGGUUGUCAAGGCCGGACCGGCUUUGGCGAUGGAGAAGGUUAAGGGGGGAAAGGGCCAGGGCGUCAAGACUGUGGAUAGUGGUGCUUCCGGAGAGAGUAUCAUGGUGGAGAAGGAGAAUGCUAAUAAGAAGAGUGGUAAUGGUGGUGUGAAAGCAAAGGCAAAAACUGAUGAGAAAACUGCCAUCGCCACUCCCACUGCAAGCGGAGCUGUAGCAGCAACACCAGCCGCAGAAGCUACGCCUGUUGUUCAUGUUCCUGUUGUUCCUGUUGCUCCCGUUGCAGCAACACCAGUCCCAAGUCCAACACAGACCAAACAGGAAAAAAAGAGAAUGACUCUGGAUCAGAGAAUCCAACAAGAAGAAGCCAAAGCGCUCGCGCGUCAGGAAGCGGAAGCCUCCGCGGCACACGCUACAGCUGCGACCGGCGAAACCCCAGUCGUGGCUCCCAUCCCAGCUCCGGCGCCCCCUCAAGGGCUAACUCCCAUCCAAACCACGCACACAUCAGCAUCGUUGGCGAACCCCCCGCAAUUACCUCCCAAGACACAGUUGAGUCCCCCCGGAUCCCCAACGAAGGGGACCAUGGAGCCCAUUCACGAGGACGGGGAGACGGGGGCUCUACCAUUGGCGAGCGGGGUGCAGGGGCCGGUGGAAACGCAGAAUCCUGGGUAG